AUGGACACAGUGGACUCGGGAAGCGCGUCCGAGGUCGAGGACCAGUCGAAAAGCUGGGGCUCCGAUGCGCGUACGAUUCUCCAGACGGCCGACAAUGCGAGCAAUGCCCACCCACACGGAGACUGUGGCAUUGGUCAUCGUGUGCUGGCCAGUCGCUCCGUUUUGGCUCUGGUGAUUGACGAAGAGUGUGUGUUUGCCGGUCUGCAGGGCGGUGACAUUGUGGCCUGGUCUCUCGAGACCUACGACUUGGUUUUGUCGGUACAUGCCCACAAAGAAAGUGUUUUGGGCCUCUACCUCUCCGAAGAUGGCAACCUUCUCUUCUCCAGCGGUGGUGAUUCUGUAGUUAAUGUGUGGUCAACGAGAACGUUCGAACGGCUCUACUCGAUCUAUUCGCACCACGACGUGGGUGAUAUUUUCACAGUCGUCUACUCAUCGAGUAACCAAACCAUCUAUUGUGGUGCUCAGAAUACAAGUAUUCAGUGGUGCGAUCUAUCCGAAGAGGGAUCGACGCUGAACCAAACAUCGGCGGCACAUCCAUCAAAGCGCGCGCAUCGCUUUUUUGACUCUCGAGGCCCGGAUGGAAGCCGUGCACCACGGCCCUCAGACGGGACCCAUUCGGUCUCAGAGGGCGGCCGUGUAUUGACUUUCAAGCGAGACCAUCACAAGCUCUUUGCCCACCAUGGCUAUGUGUAUUCCAUGCUCUUGGUGAAGGGCCUGGUUGAGUCGGUCCCAUCAGAGGAGGCCCUGCUGACUGGUGCAGGUGAUGGUGCGGUGAAGCUGUGGCGGCUUGGUCAGAAUGGAGUGGCGCCCACCCAGAUCGCAAAACUACAGAAUGGAGACCCCGUGCUUUCCAUUGCAGUUGAAGGAUCGCUGCUCUACUGUGGACUUUCGGGUGGCGCUCUCAACAUCUGGAAUCUAGAUUCUCAUCAGCUAGUCAAGCGAAUCGCCCGCCAUACUGACGACCUAUGGGCAGUCCAAGUCAUCCAGGGAGUUGCAAUCUGCGGAGAUGCAACGGGUACAGUCAAAAAAUUCAAUUCCAGAUUUGAAGAAGUAGGCGGGUGGGUUGCCCACGAAGGAACCAUGCUCGCUUCCGCCGCUAGUCGGGUCAAGGACCGACACAUUUAUGCUACCGGCGGUAACGACAACACUGUCGGGAUCUGGGAUUUGACCGAAUUCUUCCUGACCCAAGAAGAGCUGCCCCCUAUCAGCAAUGAUGAAAUGGUCAACAGCCUGGCCAAGUUUGUCUCGUUCAAGACCAUCUCGGCAAGCCCCAAGUUUGCCGGCGAAUGCAAUCAAGGUGCUGCAUUCCUUCGUCGACACUGCAAUUAUCUCGGGGCCAAGACAAAACUCCUGACCACUGGUCAAGACACCAAUCCCAUCGUGUAUGCGAGAUUCAAUGCUACUUCACCUGAGAAGGUGGACAAGACGAUUCUUUUCUAUGGCCACUAUGAUGUUGUCGGGGCCGAUUCUAAUCGACCCAAGUGGAAGUCAGACCCUUACCAACUGACUUCGAUCAAUGGGUUUCUUUACGGCCGUGGGGUCUCCGAUAAUAAGGGACCUAUUCUUGCUUCUCUUUAUGCUGCUGCCGAUCUCGCUCGAACCAAGGCCCUUCGCUGCAACGUUGUUUUCCUGAUUGAGGGCGAAGAAGAAUCCGGCUCCCAAGGCUUCCACCAGACCGUCCGGGACCACAAGGUCCAGAUUGGCCCGGUGGACUGGAUCUUACUGGCCAACAGUUACUGGCUAGAUGACUAUAACCCUUGCUUGACGUACGGACUGCGCGGUGUCGUGCAUGCGAACCUGGUUGUGACAAGCGACCACCCCGAUCUUCACAGUGGCAUCGACGGGAGUGCCUUACUCGAUGAACCGGUCAAGGACCUCUCGAUUCUAGUGUCUACCUUAGUGGGACGGAAGGGUAAAAUCAACUUACCUGGCUUCCAUGAUCCGGUCCGUCCUCUGACUGGGGCCGAGCAGAAGCGGUUUGAGGCCAUUGCCGACGUGUUACUCCCACAACAUCCUGAGAUCUCCGACCGCCAGGCCCUGAUCAAGUCGCUGAUGUACCGUUGGCGGGAGCCGUCACUGACCGUCCAUUCCAUGGAAGUCCCCGGCAGCAAGAGUGGCACGGCCACCAUCGCUCGCCGGGCCAAGGCGAGCCUUUCGAUUCGCAUCGUGCCCGAUCAGCAAGCCGACGAGGUUGCAGCGAAUCUGACAGCGUACGCCCAGGAACAGUUCGACCAACUCGAGUCCCAGAACGACCUCACGGUCGAGAUUACAGGCAAAUCGGAUGCCUGGCUGGGCGACCCGGACAACGAAAUCUUCGCUACGCUGUCCGAAGCCAUCACUGCCGCAUGGACCCCUGACCGACCCCCCUCCAAGCACCAAUACCCCUCUCUGCCGCCACUCAUCCAUGGCCCAUCGAUCGCCUCCGCCAAGCCUGCCAGCAUCCCGGGGCAGCUCCUCCGCAAAGACUCCUCCGAUAGCCUCGCCUCCCAUGUGGACCGGGUGAUCACCUCCACCACGACUUCCUCGGCGGCCGGCACUCGCAAGCGUUCGGCCCAACCGAUCGCCAGCGUGCCCACCUCCUCGACGCUGACACAAUCUGCAUCUACGCCGCCGGAGGACCCGGUCGCUUUGCCUACGCGAACCACGUUCACGCCGCCCAGCAGCCUCGGCGCCCUGUCCGGUGGGCGGGCCGUAGCCUCGGACCCCUCCCCCGCGGUCGUAACCCCCAUCUUCAUCCGUGAGGGCGGGUCCAUCCCGACAAUCCGGUUCCUGGAGAAGGAGUUCUCCGCGCCGGCAGCGAAUCUGCCCUGUGGCCAGGCCAGCGACAAUGCGCAUCUAGAUAACGAGCGCAUGCGCGUGGAGAAUCUGUACAAGAGCCGUGAGAUUUUCCGGUACGUGUUUGCGCACUUAGUGGAUAAAACGUGA